GUGUUGUCUUACUAGGCAAUCAGCAAUAAAGAUAAGCCCCUCGUGCACGCACGCCACCACUCACACAAACACACGCAUACUCGAACGCGCGUGAUCGGGAGCAGAGGUGCGCAGACGUCAAUAAAAAAAACAAAAUCAAACCGAAGUGCGAAUAGAAAGAAGGAGAGUGUCUUUCUCUCAUUUUUCUCCUUCUCCUUCUUUCUCGGUUACCGCGCUUUCAUCGCACUGUCCUCACUCCAUUGAAGCACCGAUUGUUCAUUUUUCCUUUUGUUUCGUUUCGGCUUGAAAUGCAGCAGUGCCUGCGCUUUCGUGAAGCUUCUCUACGAAUUAGAGCACGUCGCUGAACACAACUUUUCGUUUCCAUUUUUUCUUUUCUUCUUCUCCUGUUUCCUCGGUGUUUUCCAGUUCCAAUUGCGUGUGUGGGCCAACAACCUGUGUUGACUCCGUUCAUUGCAUUUCAAACACAACCCCUUUUUUUUAGGAGCGAGAAGAACUGUGCCGUAGCUUUCUCAUUGACAUGUAAAAGAAGAAACAGAUACACCAAAAUUAUUCUAAGCAACAUUAAGGCAUAAAUUUUUUUUUUUGGUAGCCUUCAGCGGCAAACACAAACUCAUUAGAUAUUUACACAUAUAUAUAUAGCUCGAUUUAUCUUCUUCUUUGUGUGUGUGUGUUGUUCGUUUCACUUUUUUUUUACCUCUCCUUUUGGCCUUAAUUGCUUCCUGUCGACGCUAAUCAUAAAAAUAAAAAAAAAUAUUAGUUUAUUUCACAUAAACGGAGCUGCACCUGCAAACUCACUGUUUUCUCCUCCUCUUCUUUUUCCUUCUUGCUGGACCUCAGUUAAGACACGUAUCUUUACUGACAUCCCUUGUUUCUUUCUUUUUUUUUUAAAGACUCUCUCUCAUCUGCACGAUCGUCCUCCACUGCGCGAUAUUCAGUGUUUCCAUAACAUUUUUUUCCUUUUGUUUUCCAAUCCCCACAGAAGGAGUUGUCUCUCCCGCACCGUCUCAACAUCUGCUCUGUCACGAUAGCAGCUUACUCAUCUCCCGUUUUUGAAACCAGCCGCGCUUCGCCAGCCACUGAACCACCUCUAACUGAGAAACCCUCUCUCACUCCUUUCUUUUAUUGAGUUUUUUUUUCCUUUGCGUGCGUGGUGGUGGUCCUACUAACUUCCACCAACACUGUCUGAAAAGAAACGGAUGAAGGAAAAGGACGGUGAAGAAUACUUCUGCUUCUUCGUUACUGCAAUAGGCCUCAGUAGGAAAGAGUGACAGACGCCGUUUAAUCUCAUUCAAAUAUAAAAAAGGAAAGACCUCUUCUCCCUCCCUGUGCGAAUUCUUCUGUAGUAAUUUUACAUAUAUAUAUAUAUAAGCGAUAUCAUCUUCUUUUUUUUUCCAUCUCUCCUUCUCUCCUUCUUCAUUUCUUCGGUUUCCGCUUCCCUCGCAGGUGAAACGCCAUUUAACCUUUUUGUGUAGUCUCCACCUAGUCGACCGAGCCAAAGCAACAAGCGCAAGCCACAGCUGCUUUUCUUAACAUUUUUCCCCCUCCCAAUUGCUCUGCACGGUGCAAGGGAUUUUAUGAAUGCGAGAUCCGUUCCGUAAUACUUUUUUGUUCUUUCUUUUGAUUCUACUACUUCCUUUCGUCGUUACAAAACAGCAUUCAAUCUCUUUUUUUAUUGUCCUUCACAGCAGAAGGUGCUGUUGCCUUGCUUGUCUUCUCGCGUAGGAACCAGCAGAUUUUACAUACACAUAUCCGGACGGAACACGGUGUUAUUGACCUUCCAUUGUUUCCAUUGAUGUGUGUUCGCUCUUGUAGAAGCAAACUGAGUCACCGCAUUACCACCUGCCGCUCUUUUUUUCUUUAUCUCUUCUGAUACACAUUCAUUACGCUGGCUUUCUAUGCGAAAGCGGGAAGUAACUUCGAGCUUGUGUCCCGCAGACCUCAUCUUUUCUGUGUGCUUGACUUAUUGUAUUAUUUUUGUGUUACACUCAGCGUAGUUUAUUAUUAUAAUUUAAAUUCGUGUACUUUGAUCAUUUCCGUUUUCUCGCGUUUUCUCUCUCGCACAUACGGAAGUCCUCCCUCCUCCUUCUGUUUCACCUUUGUUUUGAUUUUCGCUUUCCGAGAGGUGGAGGCAGUUGCGGCACCUCCGCGUUUUCGUUGUUGUGCACUGCUGCCUUCCACCGUCUCCGGGGAAAUCGAAACAAAAGAGAGGCUUUUGUAUUCCUUUUUUUCCGACUUCUUAACAUGUUCUGGCAGAAUCCUUUGUAAAAUUACUUUUCUCAAAUUCGCGCCUUCUGCGAUUUUUUUCUUUUUGCUUGUAAGAGGUGUUAAAAAAACGUGUGUGUAUUUUUGCUGGUGCCUACUCGUCCCUCGUGAACCUUGCCUUUUCUUUGUGUGUAUGACAAGCUCAUCUUUACUGGGUUGUGUUCUACCUUUUCCUUUUUUUCUUACUGCUGUCGCUGCGGUUGUCGCCGUCGGUUUCAUCUUGUCCGCUGCUUUUGCUCACCUGUGUGCAGCAAAGAGAAAUUUGAGAAGAAAGUACGACGAGCACAAGCGGAUUUAUACACACCAACAACCGUGCACGGCGUUGUUCGAAAGCGAGGCGAAGAAGAAAAAGACUUAAAAAAGACCUGCCCAGUAAGCAGCAAUAACCUUUCUGUGUGUGUUCCGUUACUUACUCCCUAUCUUCGGCUAAAAGGGGAAAAAGCGAGCGGAAUAGACUCUGUUGACAAAGACAUUUUUCUGUCAGGUACAACUACCCGCACACACACACACACACACAAACAAACAAACAAACAAACAAGAAAACAAGAGCAGCUGAUAAUCGUUAUACCUUAUCAUUUUUUUUUUGAUCUUCUGCUAUCAUUGUUUUCUUUGUUUGUUUGUGUUUAUCUCGUUAACGUAAUUUAUACUUCCGCUGCCUAAGUCUAUUGCGGGUUUUUUUUCUUUUGCGAUCUUGUUUAGUUCCCGCGGUGAUUUGGUUCUCCGCAGGGGAGCAUACCUUUUUUUCUCUUUCUCAAAAAACAAAAAGUAAAGGUAGCAUAUGUGUCUGUGUGUAAUAAGUGCGAAUGGAGUUUUCGCCUAUUGUAGCUGGUGUUAAUCGCGGUGCUGAUCAGUCAAGAUCAGCAUCGUCGUCUUUUGUGAAUAAGACACUGCCGCCGCCGUGCAUCGCCGCCCUCUCCUCCUUGGCGCCAUCGCUUGUCGGUGGGCUCACCACUGCCUCCGUUGCGAGCGCCGUCACGACCUUCACGGCGGAUUCUGACGCUUCUCACGUAGACACGAUGUGCUCCUGCGCGUUCGAUGCGGAAGACGAGUUCGCCGACCCGCACACAGGGGCGCACCACACGCAGGAUUCGACAAGGACAUCCCUUCCUGUGGCGGCGCAGGCCAUUGUCACGGCGCAGCUGCGAACGCAGCAGCCGCAUGCUACAGCGCGUGUCAUUCAGCUACCAGGGCCUUUUGCAGAGCACGCCGACGACACGCUGACCCUCUCUCCUCUCGCCUGCGGGUCAUCGCAUCUGUGCUGCGGGCCGCCGUUACUGGUGCCCAGUGAUGAUGCCCAGCGCGCAAUGUCAGCCGCGAACUUCUUGGAGGACGACAUCUCGCCGCGGAAAACGGACCUGCCAGGAGAGGUGCUACCUGCGUUGUCUCCAGAGGAAACGGCGCUGCUCGGGAGCGGUGCCCGCUGCAUUCGUGUGCCGUCGACUUUUGCGUACCCUCCGUCCAUGGCCGAGACGACAGAGGCCGGCGCGGCGGUUCCGUUCUCCCUCACCACAGCGGUGGCGGUCUGCUCGCCGACGUGCUCGACGACACUCCCCUUCAGCCCCGCCGCUCACCGCAGUCGCUCUUUUGACGCGCCGCUGCCGAACUGCUCGGCCUACGAGCGUAGGUCGUCCUGCUCGGAGUACCUGGCCGCCCAUCCAGAUGGUGCACCGAAGCUCCCUCAACGGCGCCAGAGCACCUUCGACCCGUCCGAGUCAAAUGUGACGCUCUCAGCUCUCACCACGCCCCUCGCGUCCACCCCUGCCCACGUCGCCUCCGCCUCCACACGCAUCAGCGAAGAGAGUGUGGACGGUCUGCCCUCGCCGUGUCGCCGGUCGAGUCCGCGCAGCCCCAGCGAUCACGGUAUCCCUGUCAUCACCGCCACCGCUGCCACAACUGCAGGCAAGCAGCAAACGGGCGACACCCUUCCGCGCGUCAUCUCGCUGGACGCGGUAACAACGCCGAGCCGCACCCGCUCGCGGCCGGCCCUCACCCCCGCGACGACCGGCCUCCAAGGAGCGGCGACGUCCACCACGGGCUCCACCGGCGCCUCCACCACGAUGACCAGCGUCACCUACACCCGCAAGAACGUCAGCCUCGGUGCGCUGGACUUCUACGGCAACCCCGUCACGUCCCUCUCCACCCUGCUGGCGCAGAUUUCGGUCCGCUCCGGUGACCGAGAUGAGCUGGAGCUCCGCCACCAAGCCCAGCAGCAGCAGCAGCAGCAGCAGCAGCAAAAGACUACGCUUUCCAUGCAGAACUUGAAGGCGCACACCCAGCAGGUGGGGGUGAUAAGCCCAGAGGACAAGAUCAAGCGCCUGCGUGUGCGGUCAGACACGGCGGCCCCCAUUACGUCGCUGCUGCGUCGCCGCCGCGUCUCGUGUCCGGUGUCGCGCAUCACGGCCGGCGGCGCCUCACCCACUCACCCCAUCGUCACCGGCAGCAGCAGCGGCAACGCCAGCAACCCCGGCAGCAGGUCGCAGGUGGGCUGCUUGAAGGAGGUUCUGCAGGAGUGCAACUUUCUCUGCAUUAACGACGUCAUUAAUGCCAUCGCCGAGACGCAGGCGCACGAGUUGCGGGAGGCGCAGCAGCAGUUGGAAGGCGCCGACUGUACAAAUGCAGCAGGAACCACUUCAGUUGUCGAGGCGUCCACCAACGCCGCAGCGACAGACGGGGGGUUGACCCUGGGCACUGUGACGAUGCCCGCUGCUGCCCCGCGACCCCCCUCACUGCGGCGCACCGCCAGUCCGCCGCCGAGCGCCUGGUCCGAGGACGGCAGCAGUCCUCUCACGCGCGGCACCACCGCCGUCAGCUUCUCCGGCGGCGCCACUAACGCGCUCCUCCCCGGUGCGGACGGCAUCGACCCGCAGCACGCCCUGUGUCUUGCCGCGGCCAUCACGGAGGUCUCGCUGAACCUUGAGCGCAGCUCGGAGGUGUCGUCGUGCGCCUCCAACGUGGCGGCGACGAUGCUGAGCGUGCAGCGCCCCCACUUCCUCCGCGCGGUCAGCGGGCGCGCCGCGGCGUGCUGCAUGGGCGAGGGCACUACGCCGUCGGUGACGAGCGGGUCGCUGCCCUACGUGACGAGCGAUGCGCCCGUGGCGGUCUCGCACACAUCGACCGUGGUGACGCCGGUGCAGCUGCGACGCACCGACUCCUACAGCUCUCGUGCGCCGUCGACGCCGGCGGAGGUGUCGUCGCCCUACACGAGUGCCUUCGCUGUCUUUCCAGAUGAUCCGCUGGAGCACAAGGUGCGGCGCAACUCCUCGAGCGAGGCGAUCACGGAGGCCAGUCAGUCCUCGACGUCGGCGCGCAGCGAGGUCAACCCGACGGCGCUGUCGCAGACCGCGCAGAGUAUCGGGGUCGCGCCGACGGGGUCCUCUUCCGCUGCGAAGAAGGUGAGUGGCACUGCGGCGGCGGCGGUGGCAGCGGAGGUCACCACGGCGUUUGAGCGAGAGAGGUGCACGGGUAGAAAUGCGCACCACAGCUGCUCGCCGUGGCUCGUCCUCACGGGCCGCUAUGUACCCAACUGGCACGGUCUGUCCGACGCGGUCGAGGAGACCACCACGCAGACUGGCAGCGUGACACAGCGGCAAGGCGCGGCGAGCAUGUCCGGCAACGCCCCUUUUAUCUCACCAGUGAAGGCGCUGCCGCCGCGAAGGGACGACGACGACUGCCUUAGCAAAGGCAUCAUCGGAUACUUAGAGGAACUUGGGGAGGGUGCGGUCACAGUGACCGGUGGGUCGUUGCAGAAGCCGACAGGGACGUCGAGCAGCGCGACCGAAAAGCGUGUGAUGAUUAACUGCGUGGCUUGUGCCCCGUUUGCGGACGAGCUGACCACUGUGCGAGAGUUGCGCAAGUGGGCUAAGUGCGUAGCGCAGCAGGAGAUCUUACCGCCCUCCACGGACACCGAAGUGACGACGUAG